AAGGACUCUUAUUUAGCCUUAAAAACACACCUAGAAAAAGAAACAGACCUUGUUUAACCGAAGAUCAUGUUUCUACGCUUGCAGUUUUUUUUCAAACGCUUCUCUAGAUGAUGGCAUCUUGUACCUUGGUGGUCCCUAGCAUCCAAAACAUGUAAUAAAAACGAUAAAUAAAGAAUGGACUGACACUAGGAUUCUUUUCAAUCCUCCUCAUAUUUGAAAAGCUAGGAGGGCAGAAGCUAUGCAUUAAACAUAGUGAAAUAAAUUAAUCUAAAUUGAUAAGCAGUAGUGCUGGGCCUAGGUGAAAAAUAUAUGACGUAUAUCAUCCUAUUGUCCUUUGAUGAAUGCAAGUAAAUUCCCAACUAAAAGAUGGUGUCUUAAGUGGAAAGGCUAUAAUGAGAACAGUUGAAAGCUACUUCUGUUGAGUCCUUCUCAAACAUGACAUGCCGAAGUAGAGAUCCCUAAAUCCAUUUCCUUCUCUUCCCUCCACUGAAGUAGAGGCACCAUACUUCUGCUUGAAUGAGACCAAAUGAAAUGCAGACUUGAAAAUGGGAGGACUUGGUGAGGAUGAAAACACACCAACCUCGGGCUGCAUUGUGCCUUACCUCAAUCUAUGGACAAAUAGCUCUGUAGUAAUCGAGAUAGACAACCAUAGUUUAGAGCAUCAAAUUCUAGCAGGAAGGAAGUAAUCUUUCCGUCUUAACGCUAGAUUAACACUGCAAGUAAAAGAUAAGUUCAUCAAAACCCAUUUUGAUGUGUUUAAUUAACUUUAAGUCUCAACCACAACCACUAAAAGGUAACCCAAAUGCCAGAGAUAAGUGAUAUUAAAUAAUAGACCCUAUCCAUGCACCUAAAAACGCAGAAAGAUUCUAGCAAUUUUACUAUGAAUCAAAGGCGUCAGUGAUAUUAGCAGUUAUACAUGUCCCAACACUAGGAUGUCGAACAUAAUGAUUUGGAUGAUCAAAAUAAUUACAUGGCCAAAAACAUAUUUGUAUAUGGUGACCUUUAAUCAAGUUAGAAUACUGCAUAUUUCCCUUCAAUUAUACACAUCAACCAAAAUGCAGCUUUUGCAAUUUAUCUGAGGUAAGUUUGCAACAGAAAAAAUUGGCACCUUAUCUAGGAUUACACAAACCAUUAUAUGGUAUCAAUUUGUCUCAGAAGUAAAACAGGAACAGUUAUAUUUCAGUAUAUCAACAACUAAGUUAUCAAAAUCAAAUGCUUUAAUUACCUUCACUAUUUCUCUUGCAUCCAAUCAAAUACAUAAACUUGUCUCAGGGAAGGAGUAUCUAAUGAAAACAUAAGGCUGUCAAUUGCGGAAGAAACUGCACGGACUUUAAUUAGUUACCUUUAAGACAAGCUCGUCAUAGCAUUGUUCUACAUUCACUUAAUUUUUUGCACUGCACUCUAUCAUGAGGCAUCAAUAUUCCCGACCCAACCCGCUUCACUUUGCUGUGAAAGAUCACUGAAGAUUAAAUUCCAUGCAUAAAAUAAUGGUCGAGACUUAUU